AUGGCCGCGGUUUGUAGACACAUGCGACAAUUAUCCGGAGCACGAGAUUUAGGGAUUUCGAAAGCAGUAUCGUCAUCUUCCUUUCAAACUUCAAUAUUCGAUCCAUAUUUCUCAACCACGAGAUGUUUUUCACAUUCUCAACUUGUCAAAUCCAGCGGAAAACACUUGUUUCUCGUUGACACAUUGGCCCUUGUUAGGAGAUUGGAGGGACAAGGAGUGCCUUCGAAACAAGCGGAGGCUAUAACUGCUGCUAUUACUGAGGUUUUGAACGAUAGUCUUGAGAAUGUUUCUCAGGCGUUGGUAUCAAAAGGAGAAAUGCAGAAAACUGAAAUGAUUCAAGAGUCCAACCUGUCCAAAUUCAAAUCAGAAGUACAGAGCUCACAGGGGCACCAUUUUUCUCUGUUGCAACAUGAGACUGAGAAGCUUAGGAAUGACAUAGAGAAGAUGCGCAGUGAAUUGAGAUAUGAAAUGGACAAGGUCACUGCUGGGCAGCGGUUGGAUUUGAACCUUGAAAGGGGGAGAACUAGGGAGGAAUUGUCAAAUCAGAGUGCUGAAACUAACAACCUGACAAACAAACUAGAUAGGGAGAUUCAUUCUUUAAGAGCACAACUGGAAGCAGCUAAAUACGAGGUCAUAAAGUACUGCAUAGGAACACUUGUUUCAAUCUCUGCUGUUGGUCUUGCUGUUCUCCGUAUCUUGAUGUGA